UGUGCUUGGGUGGUGCGUGCAGGUGACCCCGUCCGUGAGUUUCAGCAGGGAGGAGUUGGAUCAGCUGACCAACAGGAUCCAAAACGGAGGCACGGAGGUCGUUGAGGCCAAAGCCGGCGCUGGGUCAGCCACUCUGUCCAUGGCGUAUGCAGCAGCCAAGUUCGCCCAGGCGUGCCUACAGGCCAUGCGAGGGGAGGCAGGCAUUGUGGAGUGCGCGUUUGUGCAGUCCACUGUGACAGAGCUACCCUUCUUUGCAUCUCGAGUGGUGCUGGGGCGGCGGGGAGUGGAGGAGGUGCUCUCUCUGGGCCCAUGACGGAAUACGAGAGGGGAUGGUUGGAGAAGCUCAAGCCUGAGCUCAAGUCCAGCAUUGACAAGGGCGUUGAAUUUGUUGCAAGGGCCUGAAGUGCAGUUACGGUGUAGGAUUGAAAUGUUAUAUUUUGACAAACGAAGAAGUGAUGUGAUUCGUGGAUAUUGUACAUUCCGAACAGUCUUUCAAAACUUUGCUCACGAGUUGUGAUAGUGUUCGUUCCUGUUGGCAUU